AUGAACCACCAGAAUCACUCGCCGGCGGCUGAUCUGAAUCAUUCAGACAGACCACCGGAUCCUGGCCAGGAUAUGAGCAGCGGAUGUGAUACGUCCAUGUCCGUGGAGCUAACCGCCGUCAAUGAAUCUGACCGCUCAGUGGCGGCGACGGAGGCAAAUAUGACUAAGGCCCCGAGACAACAGGAGAUCCUUCUGAGCCAACAGAUGGCUACCCAGCCUCUCUCGUAUGCAAAUGCGGUGAUGGGGAAAGCCACGAAUACGUUUCAGAACAAGAUAGCCUAG